UCGUUGCUAUCAUUGGUGGGUGCGUAACAUUGGAUAGCAUUUAUUGUGAUCCCCUCCUUCUUUGUUUGUAAUGAUGCUUUGAUUAUUGUGGAUGCAUGAUAUUCCCAUGCUAUAAGUGCAUUUCGUGCUUGCUUGGACAGCACCAUAACAACUUCGGAGUACAGUAGCAUCACUCUCGUAUCUAUCCUUUGCUGUUCAUCUUGAGUCGAAUGUGUUUAACUGAUUCCGAGAACCGCCAGGUUAUAACUCUUUAUUUCCGUUGCUAUUUGGCUGGUCUUUUUUAUUUCCCACAUUGUCCGAUAAUUCUAUAUACUUAUAUUAAUUGUUGCUCUAUUUGUUAGAAUGGGUAACGGCCUCGUGACUUCCGAAGUAUCUCGGCUUCACCAUGAGGUGUCAUAAUUCUUCUGAUUGAAGAUCUUUCAACUUCCAAUGCAGAGUUUUGAUGGAUUAAAUUGUUUGUUAUGGUUAGCGUUUUUUGCAGCAAGGUUAUUUUCUACGAGAUAUGUUCGCUAACCACAUAUACAACUCUCCUCCUUUGGGUGGGUUUGGGAACGACAGUAACUCUAGAAGAGCAACAGGUGGAGUUGGGUCACAAACAAGUAGCUUGAAAUUUGAUAUUGCCACACCGACUAAGAACUACAUUUAAAUCCAUCUUCAAUUGAUAUUCUAGCGUAGGAGUCAAGGUAAUUUUUUAGAUGUUUACUGACACAAGUCCUAUUCAUUAGCCAAUGAGAUGAACAAUAAAUGAUUACAAGGUCAGGUCAACAAAAUAGCCAAUACAAUAGUGGAUAAAGGCAUUAAUAUCAGAUCCAUCAUCAACGACCAAUCAAUGUCCCAGGUUACUAGCUGAAUCUAUUAAGGAACAUGUGGAAAAAAUCUUAAUAGGCCACACGCUUUUUUUAACGUUUAUACUGGUAAUUAUCACUCCGGAAGGCAAUGGAAGAUUUAUAGAUCAUUAAUAGAACUUAGGAAAUAUAAUAUUCACCAAAUAAAAUGAAAGAGAAGAAAAAGUUCUCUUUUCGGAAGUUGAUUGGUAAAUUUGAAGAAUCAUCAAAAUCACACAUAAAUGAAAUGCUAAACAAAUCUCAUUCCGAUAUACAGAUUGAUUUAAAGAAUCAACAAAUGGAAAGUGAACUAGAAUUUGCACACAAACUAAUGAACUCACCAGAAGAAAUGGGUUUAAGUUUAGAGGGCAGGGAUAAUGAAGUUGAAUGUUAUGUACAAACAAUAUGUGAACCAUGUACAUUAAGUAAAAGUGCAAUAAAUUUUGAUCGUUUACUACGUCGUAUUGAUACAACUAAUGCACGUGUAACAACACUGAUUAAUUUAUGCACUACAGCUAUUUUAGCCUCAGAUAAAACUGCUAUUAAUUUUCUAGUGAACAGUUUAAAACGUAUGCGACGCAAACAAAAUUUAUUAAUUAAUGAAGCAGAUGAUACAAUGUUGACAUUUUUAAAAGAUCCUCUGAUUUUAUUACGUUCAAAGAAGAAAAAAGCCGGUAAAAAUGAAAGUGGCGUGAAAUUCAGUAUUAGUUAUCCUGAAGAUGAUGAUGAUGAUGACGACGAUGAAGAUGAUGAUGGUGAUGAUGUUGAAAAUGAUGUCGUUGGUAAUGGUGAUGUAAGAGAAGGUAAUAUUGAAGACAAAUGUGAAAAUAAUAAAAAAAUUGACGAGGCACAAAUUCGUUGGGAAAUGAGUAGUAAUCAGUUAAGUACUGAUUAUUCCACAAGUGAUAGUGAUAAUGAUGGUCCAACACCGGAAUUUGUUUUAAAUUUAUCUAAACAAAUACGUAAAACAGAAGGCACACGAUUAAAACAAAAUUUACGUUUAAUUAAUCGCAAAAAAUCAUCGACUACAGGAAAUAAAAAAACAUCAUAUAAUGUUCCACCACCUUUGAAUCCACUUGGACAUAAUCGUAAUGAUUUAUUACGUUCACAUGCUACAGUAGCAAGUGGUCUUUGUCAACAAAGUCAUAAAUUAUCAUCAUCAUCAUCUAUGUUAUCAACAAAUGGAUUACAUAAUACUGAUCCAAAUAAUAUAAAGUAUACACCAACAUUACCAUUUAAUUUAUUAAGUUUAACUGGUCAAUUAUCAUGGUUAAUAUCAGAAUAUAUUGAACGUGGUAGUUCAACAUAUAAAUGGGCUACAGAAUUAAUUAAUUCUAUUGGUAAAAUGUCUGUUACACGAUCUACAUGGUUAAAUGUACAUCAACAAUUAAGAGAAACAACAGAAUUGCUAUAUUCCCAUCGUGAUCAACAAUUAAAAUUAUAUCAUUCAACUAGUGAAACACCACAAGGUGAAAUAGCAUGGACUAAAUUACAAGCUAUACAUCAAAAUAUAUUAAAUGGUGAUUUAAAUGCUUGUACAAUUACACCGCAUAAUUUAAAAGUAUUAUGUCAAUCCCCGAAACAAUCAAACAACAGUAAUAAUGAAAGGAAAUUAGUACAAUUGUCUACUUUAUUAGAGAAGAAAUUACAUUUAGCUUAUUUAUGUGAUUUGUUACUAUGGAAAGCUCAUAAAAUUAUAUUAACACAAUUGAAUUAUACCGAUGAUGAUAUAGUCAAGUGUCAAUCUAUGGAUUUUCAAAUACGUUUAUUUGAAUUACAAUUAGAUCAAUUGAAUGGGCAGAAUUGGUCCUCCAACUUAAUGGAUUAUAUGAUGUGUUGGAUAAGUGAUAUAUGUGAAUGGAAAGUUGAAUUCAAUUUGAACACCUCCGAUAUUGAUUAUUUUAUGUGGAAUGAAUUUUAUGUAUUUAAAAAUUCUGUUCAAAAUUUAUUAGAUUUAGUUAAAUCAUUAAAUGCUUGUAAAUUAAUAAGAUCAGCAUUAGAUGAACAAAAUAAAAAUCAAAUUGAUAUAAAUAAUUCUACUUAUAAUUGUAAUUUAAGUAGUAGUGUAAGUAAUAUAAAUUUAGAAGAAAAUCAAAGUAGAACUUCAUCAACAGAUAUAUCAUCAUCAUCAUCAGCAGCAGCAUCAAAAACACAUUCACAUCGUUCAUUACAUAAUUAUCAUCCACAUCAAUCACAUCAUAGUCAAGGUGAUUUUCGUGCUUUAGAUGCUGAUCGUUGUUCAAGAUCAUAUUCAGCAUUAAUUAGACAAAUACAAGAACAUGCUAUGAAUAAUAGACCAUUAGCUUAUUUUGCUGAACGUGCUUUAUAUGAUAUUGCAGUAGAAUUAGGUUGUACAGUAAAUUGGGAUGAACGUUUUGAUAGUUUAAGUAAUGAAUUAAAAAAUGCAUGGCAAGAAUGGGAAUUAAUUAUAAGGGAAAAAAUAGAUCGUGAUUUCUAGUCGUUUAUUGAUUUUAUCACAUAUAAUAUAUUUCUCUAAAUUUUUCUGUCAUAUUUUGAAUUUAUUCAUAUAUAAAAACAGAACAUUGAAUAAGUGAGGGGAAAAACAACCCCCCCCAUCCAAGAAUGAAUCAAGAAAAAAACAAUAAACAAAAGAAAAAAAAUUGUUUUUUCAGAUCUAAUCGUAUUUUAUCACCUCCCCUCUCACAUUCAUCUUUCAUUCUCUUUAUUUUUCUCUUUUGAAAAUGUACUUUUUAUUGAAAAAACUAAAUUCCAUUUAUAAUUAUUUUUAAAAAAAAGAGAUUCAUUAGUACUAUUGAAAUGAGAAUAUUGAAAUAAAAAAAUGUUUUUUUUGAAGUUUCUUUGUGUUUUUUCCCUCUCCCCCUCCUCUCUCUCUCCUUCGGUCUAGUUGUUUAUCUCAUUUUAUCGGUCGUGAUUUGAAAGCUUAGAUAUUCUGCUGACAUUGAUCAACUAUAGAUUAUUAUUAUUAUUAUUAUUAUUAUUAUUAUUAUUAUUAUUAUUAUUAUUAUUAUUAUUAGUCUUUUAUCUUAUUCAUGUUAAAGUUGACUUCAUUAUUCUUCACAAGUUGAUCUUUUACUGAUGUUUUUUUUCUUUUUUUAUUGAGUGUGUAUUUUCUUCUUAUUAUACUGAAUUCUUAUUCAAUAUAAUAAAAACAAAAGAACGAAUCAGAUUG